CUCUUCUAGUGUUUCAUGAGUUGCACUCUUCGUUUUCUUUUUUUCCUAUUCGCCGCCGAUUCCAUCUUCCCAGUCGCGGUUCUUCUUUAUCGACGACCCGGAGGCAACGGUCUUUCUUCUUCUCCCAUACGUUGAUUGUUCUUCCCCGCCUCAACUCCGGCUACGGGCCUGCAAGUUUUGUUUUGCAAAAGCAGGGGUGUAGCUUCAAUAUGGGAAAAUCUAGGCCACGUGAAGAAGCAACCGCACGAGCUAAUCACAAGUUUGAGAAGAAAGUACAGUUUUAUACAAAGGUCAAGGAUACGGUUGCCUCGUUGAGUGCUCAGAAGUCCAUCACUAAGAAGACCAAGGCACAACGGAGGAAAAAGAAAUUACAGGCAUACGAUCUUUCUCGUCUUUCAGAGUCCUUGCCUGAGUUGAGUGCUCUUCAUCAACCAAAAAAACCAACUGAACUUAAAUUAAACAGCAAAAACAGACAAAAGCUAGUGCUAAAGGAGAGCAAGCAGUUGCAGGCUGUCACUAACCAUCCUGCUUUCCAGUCGAAUCCCGUUGAAGCCAUUUUCCAACAUUUGCAGAGCACGCUUCCCCCGGACAAUAAGAAACCGAAACGACAUAUCAAGAAGAAAACUGGAAAAAGCAAAAAGAAGAAAUCGAAGCCUCAGUCAAUGGAGACCUGAUGAUCUCUGGUGUCUCAUUUCUCUUGGCUGCAUAUCAAUGGCCAAUGGGUCCUUUGUGUUAGUAGUAUUCAUUUUUGGCAGUUUUUUUGGGUAUUGAAUAUUUGUUUAAGCAUACUUAUUUAAACUUUUUUUUAAUAACUAAAUAUUCAUCUU